AUGGGAAGAAUUCAGGGUUUGUUUUUAGAGUCGAUUAUAGCAACAGUGUCCGAUCUACCCGAUUUGUGUGUGAUUGCACCCACGAGAACCAGCACCAUAACCAGCAAAUUGCCUGAGAAAAUGAGCACAGCAGCCCCGGUUGAGGUGGGCACGCGAGGCACAGUUGGAUCACUUCUCAAGAAGGAGCUUGAGUAUUUCAGAAGACUCGAAUUAGAUCGUUGCGAAAGCUCUAUAAAACCUGAGAGACAGAGUGUGGAUAUGGCCUCUAGUGGAGGUAACCCAUGGCCUAGUUUUGGUUUCUUGACGGUGUCUUGGAGGAGGAAGAAGAGAAGAGGUAGCGCGUUCCUACCACGUGUUUGCUCUGCUGUGGAAGUAGCAGAAAGCUAUCAGAUGAAUGGGAUUUCUAAGUUCAGUUACAGGAACCUUAAAGCUGAUGUGAAGAAUUGUGAGAUUUAGACAAUAAUGUUGUAAAGGUCUGAGAACAGAACUUGAAAAGUCAGGUAGGUGUUAGGCAGGACUAAGCUUCCCCCCAAUGUUAUGUUUCUUAUCAGAUGAUUUGUUUUCAGAGUUUUUGCUUUCUGUG